CUGUCCUCUUUGGGGUUUUAAUCGCUUUAUUUCACGCAGCGUAGCUCAGCGGUCAUCGUCUUUGUGGGUGUGAACAGUAAUAACCUUGAUCGGCCUCUCUCGACGAAGAUGCGAUUACUGGAUCUCUCGGCCGUGAGGUACGCCCAGCGACUGAUAGUAGGACAUAGAUCUGUCUGGUUAAUUUCUCCGUGGAGAGUUUAGAUCUCUCUCACACUCAUCAGAAAGAUGGAAGGCUUGAGCAGAAGCGAGCCUGCAGAUUCAAGGGGGUUUACACAGGAUACAGGCCUCCUGAUGAACGAUGGCUCGAAGCAGACAAGCACGUAUCAGCUGUUGUCGACUAGCACAGAAUCAGGGAAGCAUUUUUAUCGAUACGUUGUUUGGUGCGCCCUUUUGGCAUCUCUGAAUUCUGUGCUACUUGGAUAUGACAUUGGUAUCAUGAGCGGAGCAGUCUUGUUCAUAAAGGAGGAUCUGAAAAUUCAUGAGCUACAGGAAGAGGUUCUGGUAGGCUCGCUAAACUUGAUAUCUUUAGUCGGCGGAGUUUUAGCAGGCAGGCUUUCGGACUCCAUUGGCCGAAAGAAAACAAUGGCAAUAGCUUCCGUCAUAUUCUUUCUCGGAGCAGGGGUGAUGGGGCUGGCUCCAAAUUUUGGUAUCUUGCUGGGUGGCCGUAUAGUGGCAGGGAUAGGAGUAGGAUUCGGGCUUAUGAUAGCACCAGUCUACACUGCAGAGUUGGCACCAGCAGCAAGCAGGGGUGCUUUGGUUUCGUUUCCAGAGAUAUUUAUCAACGUGGGAAUACUGCUGGGAUACAUUGUCAGCUACUUACUGUCGGGAUUGUCUGCGGGACUCAGCUGGAGGCUGAUGCUCGGGGCAGGAUGCAUCCCAGCGAUCGUUCUGGCCGUUGGUGUUCUUUUCAUGCCAGAAUCGCCGAGGUGGCUCGUCAUGCAAAGCAGAAUACCCGAGGCGGAAGUGGUCCUUCUUAAGACCUCGAGAAGCAAGCAGGAAGCGGAUGAAAGGCUGGCGGAUAUAAUGGCAGCCGCGAAGCUCAACCAGCAAGCCGGCAAGAGCCAAGGGGAAGGAGUCUGGAACGAGCUUCUGUGGCCGGUUCCAUCCGUGAGAAGGAUGGUCAUCGUGGCCUUGGGUAUCCAGUUCUUCCAGCAAGCCUCAGGGAUCGACGCUCUCGUGUACUACAGCCCAGCGGUCUUUAACCAGGCCGGGAUCACAAGCAAAGCAGGAGUUCUAGGAACCACAGUGGCGGUAGGAUUCACCAAGACGGCUUUCAUUCUCGUGGCAACGUCUUUGCUGGAUAAAGUCGGCCGGAGGCCACUGCUUCUCGCGAGCAGCGUCGGGAUGGCAGCGUCACUGGCGACAGUGGCUCUCGGCUUUGUCUUCUACGACAGUGCCAUGGAUCCAAGCAAGCAUCGCCACCUUCCAGUCCAGUCUACAGCUAAAUCCCCCGGAGGAAGCUCGGACGUAGCUCUAGCUCUGAUCAUCACCGCCAUAUGCGUCUUCAUGGCUUCCUUCUCGGUGGGAUUCGGGCCGAUCAACAUGGUUCUAAACUCCGAGGUGUUUCCUCUCAGGCUCCGAGCUCAAGCCGUGAGCCUGGGACUGCUCGUCAACCGGCUGGUUAGCGGCACCAUCGGGCUCACGUUCUUGAGCAUCUCCGAGGCACUGUCACUGGCCGGGACGUUCUUUCUCUUCGCGGGCAUCGCGGCAGCGUCGGUGGUGUUCAUCUACUUUCUGGUUCCCGAGACCAAGGGGAAGAGUUUGGAGGAGAUCGCUGGGAUGUUUGAGCGGGAGGGGAUGCUCGCUGGAUCGCCAGAGCUUGUGGAGCUUUCUUCAUCCACGGCGGUGGCGGGAGGCCAAUCUUUCAAGUACGAGGACGUGGGGAGUGCUCCUCACGAGCACUUGGAAGUGGAGGGGAGCCAUGAAGAAGGUGGUGGGCGGCUUGGGCAGCAGGGAAUGUAUGAUGAAGAAUCUCACAAGAAGCUGCUAGCUAAAGUCAAGUUGAUUGCUGCGAAACAGGGCAAUGUUUGAACCAAGUGUUUCGGAUGAUUCAGAAUUUGGGUAUUUUUAUUUUAACAAAAUUGUUAAAUAAAAUUCAAAUCCAAAA